AUGUCUGCUUCACCGGCGAACAAGAAGUCUCUCCAUGCUUUCACGCUUGGACCUCAAGUCACUGAUGUGGGCCCCAAAUCGGACCCAUCGGCGGAUACGCCGCCUCUUUCUAACCGGACGGUGGCGUCACGAUCGACUCGCCAGCCGCGCCUCUCCUUCUCCUCCUUCCCUCCGUCAUCCGACCACGAUCACCCCAAGAAGGUGAAAUCCGAUGAGAAUCCGCCGCAGAGAGAGGAAGCUCCGGUGUCGGCGGAGGAGGAGGAAGAGAAGAGGACUUGGAAUCUGCGGCCGAGGAAGGCCUGCGGCGGCGGUUCGAAGAAGGGAAACGGCGUCCUCCCCGCGGAGGCGUGCGGCGGAGGAGGAGCGUCGGAGGCGAAGAAUCAGAAACCAGUGGCGGUGGUGGAGGCGAAAUCGAACAGGCAGAGAGGGAUUCCGGCGGAGUCUCCCGGGUUAGGCGGCGGCGGUGGCGUUGAGGUGAAGAACGAGAAUCACAGGCUCUGGGUGGCUCUUUCUCGAGAUGAGAUUGAAGAAGAUGUGUUCAGCAUGAGUGGGAACAGGCCGUCUCGUCGACCACGGAAGAGGACUAAGACUUUGCAGAAACAUCUCGAUGUUAUCUUCCCUGGAUUGUGUCUUGUGGGGAUGAAUGCUGAUUGCUUCAGAGUAUCCACUUCUCCCGCUAAGCGAUGAUCAGCCCAUAAACGUGUCGACAAAAAGAUAGGUAUGCGGGUGACAUGGUCUAAAAUCCACAACACACAACAGUAAAAGAUAGGAAGACGAAAUAUCUCCAGAGACGUGGUCUUGUCUCAUAUCAAACUUAGUAGGAACAAAGUUAUAAAGUAAAUAUGGGUAAGUUCAUAAACUAUUUAUAAAGAGAGAGGGUGGUUCGAUUUUGAGUUAUUGAUAAUGAAAUACAGAAUAUCGGUUAGUGUGGUGCUUUGUGUAGUUAAAUCUGUUGACGGAGUAAAAUUUAUCUCUGUGUUCUUUUCCUUAUAACUUGCCAAAGCAAAACAACCAUAUAUGUUUAAGAGA